AUGCGCCGGCUCCCACUAGGGAAGAGGAAACUUUUCCUUUCUGUUUCCCGGCUGCCCGGUUUGUCGGUGCGUCUGUCUGAGAGAGCGCUUGCUGCUCCUGGCAGCCUGCUGCUCCUCCCCGGGCCCGGCUGGGCGCCUGGCCUGGCCCUGCGCCAGGCGGGGGCUCCCGGUAACAAGGGGGCAAUGCCGGCUGAGCGAAGUGAAACAAAUCCAGCUACCAAAGGAGAAAAUGCGCGGUUAUUUGCCGAGUCAUAUCGAGGGCAUACCCCUCAGCCUCGGGGGAAGGGCGGGCGGAGGGAGGGAGCGGGGAGGAACCACCGACAAUUGCUCCAGGGAAGUUCUACGGCUGGGAUCGACCAGCCCCGACCAGACCAACAAACACACCAUAGGAGCUUUGUGGAUUCAAAGGAUUUGCUUUCGCUUCUGAAAGAGCCGCUAUUCUUUGAUGAUUGGGUAGCGGCAAACUUCAAAGCCAUAAAUCUUCUCUCUGACUGGUUGGCGGCCCGGCAAAGUCCUUAUCAAAUUCUUGGAGGUGAUCCUGGCGCAGUCAGACAGUCCGCGGAGAUCGCGCAGCGCGGGGGGGGUGGGACGCGCACGGAGGCGAAGAGAUCAGAAGGAAAGAGAGAGAGAGGGGGAGAGAGAAGGAAACUGGGCAGCUUCUCGUCUUCCCCUCGGCGUCCUCAUGCCUCGGCAGUGCCCCGGCGCCUUCCCUUCGCCCCGGGCGCAGUAGCCAUGGCCGCGGUGGCUGUCCUCCGGAACGACUCCCUCCAGGCUUUCCUCCAGGACCGCACCCCCAGCGCCUCCCCAGACUUGGCCAAGCACUCGCCUCUGGCUCUUCUGGCCGCUACUUGUAGCCGGAUCGGGCAGCCGGGCGCAGCGCCCUCGGAUUUCCUGCCGGUCUCCUACGACCCGACGCUGGGAUCCCCCUCUAGGAUCUUCCACCCGUGGAGCGGCGAGAUGCCAGCGCACUCCCCAGGAGGGCUGCCUCCGCCGCAUCCCAGCUUGGGGUUGACCCCUCAGAAGAACCACCUGCAACCCUCCUUCGGAGGUUCUCACGAACUGCCCCUCACCCCCCCGGCGGACCCCUCCUAUCCCUACGAGUUCUCCCCCGUCAAGAUGCUGCCCUCCUCCAUGGCCGCCCUGCCGUCCAGCUGCCCGCCCGCCUACGUCCCUUACGCCGCCCAGGCCGCCCUGCCGCCCGGGUACUCCAACCUGCUUCCGCCCGCCCAGCCCUGCCGGCAGCUGUCGCCCAACCCGCCGCCCGAGGACAUCCCCUGGUGGAGCAUUCAGCAGGCCAGCGCCCCGGGCGGCUGCGGCCACCGCUUCCCCGCAGCGGCGGCGCUGCCGCGGAGCUUGGUGCUGGGGCACUCGGACUUUGCUCAGUACCAGACGCAGAUCGCCGCCCUGCUGCAGACCAAGUCUCCCCUGGCGGCAACGGCCAGGAGGUGCCGCCGCUGCCGCUGCCCCAACUGCCAGUCGGCCGCGGGCAGCGCCCCUGAGGCGGAGCCGGGCAAGAAGAAGCAGCACAUCUGCCAUAUCCCCGGCUGCGGCAAGGUGUACGGCAAGACCUCGCACCUGAAGGCGCACCUGCGCUGGCACACGGGCGAGCGGCCCUUCGUCUGCAACUGGCUCUUCUGCGGGAAGAGCUUCACCCGCUCCGACGAGCUGCAGCGGCACCUGCGGACUCACACGGGCGAGAAGCGCUUCGUCUGCCCCGAGUGCGGGAAGCGCUUCAUGCGCAGCGACCACCUGGCCAAGCACGUCAAGACCCACCAGAAUAAGAAGCUGAAGGCGGCGGCGGACGGCGUCAAGCGGGAGGACAGCCGCGACCUGUGACCGCCGGGACAGCCGGCGGCUGCUGCCUCUGCGGGCCGAGCCGAGCCGCGGCGGGACCCGGGCGGGGGGCGUUUCUACGCCGGGGACAAGGCGGCGGCGGCAGGGAGAGGGCGGCCGGCUCUCGGACUCUCGCCGGGCACGGCGAGCAGUACCCCGGCCGGGGGCGGCCUCCGCGGACCCUCAGGUCCGGGACUGGACGCUCAUAGGGCCCCGGGGCCGUUCAGAGGCAGGCGCCCGACCCGGCCUGGAGCGCGGCUGAGGAGGGUCCCAGGCGCUGGGGCACGAGCGGGACCGGCCCAGUCCGGCCGCGGGGAUCGAGGCUUAUAGACACCUGGGGGUGAUGUGGCAGCGUCGGUGUGGCCGCGCUGGGGCUCGGCCUUCGUGCUUUCAGGGUAACAGACUGAAGUUUUGUGUACAGGUUAUUUAAUAGUUACGUUUGAAUACACGUGUUCCCCUCCGUCUUCGACCCCGCGCGGGGUCUAGCAUGAGAUGUUUCUGUAAAGCGACCCGCGACCGCAGCGUGAAAUAAACACGUUCACACCGGGGUCAGCA